GCUUUAGAAAUGGAGGAUGAACUGAAGAACUUCAUCAGGCUAUGGCUUUUGACAAUACCAUCCAUAUCCUAUUCUUACUACAUUGCAGCAAAGAUCCCAAAAGGCUUGCCAAGGUUGCUCUCCCUCUUCCCUAUCGUCACUCUCUUAUCUGUUCUACCCUUUAACAAUUACAGCUUCCAUCUAGGUGCCCCCCUUGUAUUUUGCCUUUCUUGGCUAACCAAUUUCAAGCUUCUCUCAUUUGCCUUUGAUCAAGGCCCCUUAUCACCACCACCUCAGAAGCUUCAUCUUUUCAUCCUCACAGCUUGUUCUCCAUUCAAAGUCAAACAAACCUCAGCUAAGAUAAAAAAUGGUGAAAACCCAAGUCAGGAAAAUGACCUCAAAGUUCCUAGUAUGAUCCUAGAGGCUGCAGCUAAAGCUACAUUGCUAGUUUUGCUGUUUCAUUCUUAUAACUAUAAAAAAUAUUUUCACAAACAUGUUUUGUUAACCCUUUACUUCUUCCAUACUUAUCUUACGAUUCAGUUUUUAUUAGCUGUGGCUGCAAUUCCAGCUCAAUUGAUCCUUCUCGGGGUUGAACUCGAGCCACAGUUCAAUGCACCCUUGCUUGCCACUUCGUUGCAAGACUUCUGGGGCCAUAGGUGGAACCUUAGGGUCUCAGAUGCGUUGCGUCCGACCAUAUACAACCCUCUACGAAGUGUUUCUGCACGUAUAAUUGGAUCUAGAUGGGCUUCAUUACCGGCUGUGUUUGCUACAUUUGUCAUUUCGGGUUUAAUGCAUGAGUUGAUUUAUUAUCAUAUAACUCGUGAAAAUCCUACGUGGGAAGUGACUUGGUUUUUUGUUUUACAAGGAAUUUUUGUAGAUAUGGAGAUUGUAUUGAAGAAAAAAUUGGUGGCGACGGAGACAUUUCGGCUUCACAGGACGAUUUCGGGACCAUUGGCGUUGGCAAAUCUAGCAGUGACUGCUGGUUGGUUGUCUUAUACACAACUCUUGAGAAACGGUAUAGAUGAAAAGCUAAUCAAAGAAUUCAAUGUGUUUCUGGAGUUCUUGAAGGGAUCAGCAUAAUUUUUUUUAUAUAUAUUCGAGCUUGUCGAGGUUGAAAUUUGAUCGCUAGAACUAAAAAUUCUAUAUUCUAUCUACCUAUCCUAUGACUAAUUGUAUGAAUCCAGUGAAAAUGCUUGUCCAGGAAAAAAAAAAUUGUUUUAACUUUGUUUGAACA